UUCUGUGGUGGUAUCGUCAGUCUUUGCCGUUUGUCGCGUGUCUGUUGAUUGAUUGCUUACUGCUCGCGUCGACUCUAACAGCAUAAAAGUGAAUAUUAUACCAAUUCGUCGUAUUUGGGCUUUUGACGUUUCAACAGUGCCCUUGGCAUUUAAUUGGACAGUAACUGCAGAUAAAAACUGCACACCUCAAUGGAUCGAUUCCAGGCUGCCGGAAAAGAUGACCCUCCCAAACGGCCAUCCCGUCUGACUUACCGAAAGGAAAGAAUUAAAGGCGGCGCGAAAAAGAGUCAAAGUCUUCCUGUUAUAAAAACGCCUCUUGAAGAACUCCGUCUAGUACACAACAACUCUGUUACAGCUUCGCUAACACACGGAAGCGCAAGCUCGUCGUCAGAUGACGAAGCCUUUGAGCUUGCACCCCGCUCUUUGGCAGAAAAGAACUGCUCUUCCGACACAAAGACGCCAUCGUCGACACCGAAGAUGGAAUCGGUUCGUCUUUCUAGUCUUGUCAAGUGCCCAUCGUCCACCAGCUUGAAUCGACCUCUUAGUUUUGCAACGGAACAACUGCUACGCCAGACCAGUUGCGUGAGCACAGGCAGCCUCAAGUCCCUCAGUUGUGGAACUAAUGGUAGUUAUGUGAACAAACCUCAUCAGCUGCCUGCCCUAGCGAAAACCGAGUCAUCGACAGUAUCAACACGCUGUGUUACUGAGGUGAAGAAGCUGCAUCAUUCUUGGACAGUUACAGGAAUGUCAGAAUUUCAGGACAGUGUUGACUUUCCCCCCGAUCAGCCAAGUGUUCUCCCCAAAAUUUCAACUAAGGAUGCUCGCCUGAGGAGCUACUUGGUUGGAAAUGUCAGUGGCAAGGGUUCACUGCUUGGUGAAGAAGAACUAAAUCGUUACUUUCCUGACAGAAAGGUCAAUGUAUUUGUGGCUACAUGGAACAUGAAUGGAUCGGCAUCCCCUGCCAGCCUAGAUGACUUGCUGCUCCCUAAAACAAUAGAGUAUGUACCAGACAUUUAUGCUAUUGGUGCACAAGAAGCCAUGAGUGACAGAAAGGAGUGGGAAACUAGACUUCAAUUCACGCUGGGUCCUUCGCAUGUUCUUUUCUCCUCUGUGUCUCUGGGUGUCUUGUACCUCUCCAUUUUUUUGCGUCGAGAUCUGAUAUGGUUUUGCUCAGCUGCUGAAGAAGCAACGUAUGCUACACGUACUGUUUCUUCUGUUAAGACAAAGGGAGCUGUCGCCAUCGCUUUCCAGUUUUUUGGGUCGUCAAUGUUGUUUAUCAACUCCCAUCUUGCAGCUCAUGAAAAAAGAGUCAAGGAACGCAUCCAGGAUUAUGAAAAAAUCUGUCAUCAGAUCGACUUACCAAAGCAAGCUCAACUUAAGUUGCAGUACCAAAGCAAAGAUGUGACUGCAAGAUUUGACCAUGUAUUUUGGUGUGGCGACCUUAAUUUUCGACUUAUGAAUGAGCGCUCCACUGUUGUUGGUUUGCUGAAGGAUCACCAUGAGGAUAAGCAAUCUACCUAUGAAAGCCUCCUGAAAUUUGAUCAGCUGAGAAGUGCUAUGCUGGAUGGUCAGGCGUUCUUUGGCUUCCAAGAAGGGAAGAUAAAAUUUGGACCUACUUACAAAUUUGAAGUUGGCUCAAGUCAAUUUGAUGGUGUCAAGCUUAGGGUGCCAUCAUAUACGGAUCGAAUACUUUAUAGAAGCAAGAGAAAAGGCCACAUAGAGUGUGUUCUUUACGACUCAAUUCCUGUAAUGCAAACCUCUGACCACCGGCCAGUCUAUGGGCUUUAUGAGACUGUGAUUCGACCCGGAAGAGACAACACACGACUGUCAGCAGGCUUGUUCAACAGAGACAUCUAUUUGGAAGCUGUACGCAGGCGGGCUGCUGCUCUUGAAAUUCGCCAGAGCCUUAAAGCCAGUCAUGUGUGUACUGUAAUGUGAAAGCUUUUGAUGUCCUGUGCUACAACCAGCAAAAAUUUCUGUGUCAAGUGGCAAAGCUUCCAUUGUCUGCAAAAAUUGGUGUAUGUGUACUAUGUGACAUUUUCUUUCAGUCAUAUGCUAAGUGACAGAUUUAUGCUAAUGCUGUUUUUUUGCAAUAUGCAAAUUGCUUCAGUUCUUGAAAUAUACUUUGCUACAAAUAAUCAUCCAUAUCAAAAGCAAUGACACAGAAAUUUGUGGUCAGAAUUGAUCACUUCAUUGAUUUUUUUGGGGGAAGAAUUCUAAAUCUAUGAGGUAUAUUAGUUUAUGUGCUUGCAGUGAACUAAAUUUUACAAAUACUAUGUAUGUGGUCCGGAAAUAUUGAUGUGGUCUUUGCAGGAAGAAAUUGUACAUUUUUUUUUUUUAUGAAAAGGCACUUUUCAAGCUGAAAAACAUUGUGUUCACUGUUGUACUAAAAUAUCUACAGUAAGCAGCUAUGCAUGUUUUAGGACGUAUCUCUCAUAAAUGAGAGGUUACAAAAAACUGCUUUUUUAAAUGUGAGAAAGUUUCUUAAAUGUAGUGUCACAAAAAGCAUCCAUUCUGUAUGGUUGCACACUGGCAUCCACAUAAGCAGGCUGGGAAAUUUGUGUAAGUAGACACAUACUACUUUGGAUGUUAAGGUUGACUUGCUUUUAGUUUCGUUAGAGACCUUGGCUGUAGAUUGGAAUGUUUUUCCUAAUACUAUGCACCACUUCAAAAACUUACAUGGGGACUUCGUUGUGCUGCGAAUGUGACCCAGCUUACUACUGGUUGCAAUCAUAUCCAUCGUACAUUUUUAUAAACUUUGAUAUUCCUGCUAGUGGUGUAGAAUAAUGUCACAUGCUUUUUAGGCAGACGCUGCCAUGAGACUAACUGCAGCUCUUGCUUUGCUGAAAGUGACCAAAUGUUGUGAUAAUGUGAAAUUAAGAAAGAGUUGCCCUUUUAUUGGUAUCACAUAACACUAUGUAAAGUAAUUCAAAUCACUUGCACGUCUUUAAAGAAAAAGCCAUUCUCUGCAUUGUUAAUCUAGACUUUGCCGAUACACAUUAUACUGCUCUCUCUUAUCGAUUCUUCAACGAUAUUUGGUUAGUAUUGGUGUACAGACAGUACCCUUACUUUAGCCCUGUCAUAUAAACAAAACCUUAAGUGUUCUGAGGCUCUACUUUUAACGCUUCCUCAGUUAACCAAAAUGUAUGCCUACCCACCAUGUAAAACCAUAGUUUGGAUAAAACUUCACAGAAUACAGCUAAGUGAACAAAUGAUCUGACAUACACUCCCUAAACUAUUAAACUACAUAAAUGAUCAAAAUAUAGACACGAGACUGUUUCUAAAACAAUGCUGCAUACAGUUUUUUUUUCCAUCUAUAGUCUGUUUCUUGCAUAGCAGGCAGCAAUACGAGGGCUGGAGAUGCUCCUCUCACUUCUUGCAUUCGCAACCAAAAAAUAGUGCAGGUCUUGGGUUUGAUUCCUGGCCACGGAGGCUGAAUUUUGAUGGAGUUGAAAUGCAAAAAUGCUGGUGGUACUUAGUGUAGGUGCAUGAUAAAAAACUUCAAGUGUUUAAAAUUUACCUUGAGCACUCCAUUAUGGUUUCCCUCAAACCCUCCUGUGCAGUUUCAGGACAUUAAACCCUGCUAUAUAGUUUUAAAUUUUAUUGCAAUAGCAAUUACACGGAUGAUCGAGGCCCAUUUGCACUGCUUGCAUUGUCGUGCUGUCGACGCCACAUGCAUGGCUUGCGCAUGGAGGAUUAGAAGGCUUUCAGAGAUGCACAGUGCAUUUGGCUCCAAAAGCGACGAAGCCAAGUGGACACCCCUUCACACUCCACUCACUCAGCUUUACCAAAGCCAGGGCAGUGUUAUGGCCUACACUGCUGGCAUGAGCAUUGCGUGCACAUGCAUGAGCAUUCCUGCUGAGCAACUAUGUGCAUACCACACUGUGGUGCAUACAUUGGUAUGAGUGGAAUGGACAGUAAAAGUCAAGCUAAAUUUAUGUACGUAAUUUUUCCCUUGGACGCUGACAAACACCAAUGGUUUUCGUUCAUUCAUAUCUCCUCCACCAUUGAGGUGCAAUGCUUUCAACAUCAUUGGCAUGCUCCUCAUCUUGCAAGCAUUCUGAGGCACAUUCAGCACAAGACUAAACCUUAAUAUCACUUUCAGUACUUCACCUUUGGGUGAAGCUGGCAGUUUUUUUAAUGUAUAGUGUGUCACAUGUGAAAGAUAUAGGUGUGUGUCGUGUGACUCAAUGUAACAUUGUCUGGUACUUUUAUGUUGCAAUAUAAGGCUUAUUUAUUACAUAAAAGGCGUUGCAGAUCUUAGCAUCCAAACAAGUGGAGAGAGAUGUUUCUGUGGCCAAUGCAGUAGCCGCAGUGCAUUACUUGUGCUCAUGACAAAAAUUCAGUGGUGAUUCAGCAAUACAUGUGAAAGAAAUGUACUAAAGCAUCAUUCGUCAGAUCUUUCAUGGUCAUUUCAUAUCACAUCCAUAUGCACCGUCGCUCCUAAGUCUUUAAGGUACCUAUACAGUAACCUAAGAAGUUCCCCUGCUAAUAUUCCCAAACUAGCCUACCUUACUUUUGUUUGCCCACAACUUGAGUUUGCUUCCUCCAUUUGGUCUCCUUAUCAUAACAUGGUCACCACUUUAGAAUCCAUCCAAAAUAGGGCCACACGAUUCAUCUCAAGAAACUAUUAAUUACAAUUCAAGCGUCACUCAGAUUAAAACUGAUCUUUUUCUCCAAUCUUUAGGCACACCACCGUAACAUCGCUCUACUAACAGUAUUUCACAAGUAUGUGCACUCCAAUAGAUCAUGUUCCUUUCACCUCGAUGUCCCAUCCUGCACGUCUAAAAAAUUUCACAAUCUUUUGAGUCUUACACGGAUCUAUGGUGACACUUCAGCUUUUAAUUCAUCAGCAAUUCCACAAGCCAUAAGAUUAUGGAAUAAUCUACCAGACAGUAUCACAUCUCUGUCUAAUACUGAUACAUUCCAUCACCAACUUGUUACGCAUUUCACUGAAGCCGUCGUUUAGCAUGUUUCAUAUUCAUAUUGCAGUUCAUAAUUGUUCACAUUUCGUGUUCAUGUUUCAGUUCAUAUUUUGAAGUUAAGCAUUUCGUUUCCCCUUUUGCUAUAACAUGCUUGAUGAAUUGCGCACUUAUUCAUGUGCCAUGUGCUUUUUGUGUUAUUGUGUGCUUUAAUCUAUGUACUAUAUUUCUUCUUGAUAUUUCCACAUUGCUUAGUCUCCUUUUUUUUACUGAUAUUACGUGCACAAAUGUUAUUUACCAUGUAUUGUACUUUUUCUUUUUCAUCUGGUUGUGUAUGCACUGUUGGGAUUUUUCGCCCCCCAUUACACAGUGCCCUAUGGGCCUGUAAGGUACUCCAAAUAAAUAAAUAAUGUCGCAUCUCUUU